AUGCUCGGCGAGGGCCUGAGCUGGGAGCGCGACGGCGCCGACUGGCCCAACCGCGAGGCCAGCCGCUUCGUCACCGCGCCCUACCCGGCGGCCGGCCGGCUGACCUGGCACCUGCAGGAGCUGGGCGCCGCGCACGCGCCGGCUCUGCUGCUGCUGCACGGCACCGGCGCCUCCAGCCAUUCCUUCCGCGACCUGGCACCGGCCCUGGCCGCGCGCUUCCGGGUGCUGGUGCCGGACCUGCCGGGCCACGGCUUUACCGCCCUGCCGCCGCUGCGCGGCCUGUCCCUGGCCGCCAUGGCGCGCGGCCUGGCGGCGCUGCUGACCAGGCUGGAUGCGGGGGCGUCCGGCGGGCCCGCCCUGGUGGCCGGUCACUCGGCCGGCGCGGCGAUCCUGGCGCAGCUCUGCCUGGACAACCGGCUGAGCCCGGCUGCCCUGAUCGGGCUGAACGCCGCGCUGCUGCCCUAUCCCGGCGCGGCCAACCCGCUGUUCGGCCCGGCCAUGCGCCUGGCGGUGUGGAACCCGUUGGCGCCGCGCCUCUUCGCCGCGCGCGCCGGGGCCGGCAUGCUGGAGCGGCUGCUCGCGGCCACCGGCUCCAGCAUCGACGCGCGCGGGCGCGCCCUCUAUCGCCGGCUGGCGCGCAACCCGCGCCAUGUCGGGGCGGCACUCGGCAUGAUGGCGGGCUGGGAGCUGGAGCCGCUCUACCACGCCCUGCCCCGGCUGCCGGUGCCGCUGGUGCUGCUGGUCGGCGGCGCCGACCGGGCGAUCCGGCCCUACCAGGCCCGCCGGGUCCAGGCCCAGGUGCCGGGCAGCGAGCUGCGGCUCUUCGAGGGUCUGGGUCACCUGGCCCACGAGGAGGCGCCGGCGGAGACCGCCGCGGCCAUCGUCGAGGCUUUCGCCAUGCGCGCGAUGGACAUCAGCGGGCGCGGCGGGGCCCUGCCCGCCGAAACGGGCGGCGCGGCCGACGCCGGGCGCCCCCACGCCGUGGUGAUCGGCAGCGGCUUCGGCGGCCUGGCGGCGGCGGUGCGCCUGGGCGCGCGCGGCUACCGCGUCACCGUUCUGGAGAAGCUCGAACAGCCGGGCGGGCGGGCCUGCGCCUUCCGCCAGGACGGCUUCGUCUUCGACGCCGGGCCGACCAUCGUCACCGCGCCCUUUCUGUUCGAGGAGCUCUGGGCCCUCUGCGGCCAGCGGCUCGCCGACACGGUGGAGCUGCGCCCGCUCGACCCCUUCUACCGCAUCCGCUUCGCCGACGGCGCGCACUUCGACUACUCCGGCGACCCGGCGCGCAUGCGGGCGGAGGUGGCGCGCUUCGCGCCCGGCGACGUGGCCGGCUACGAGCGCUUCAUGCGCGAGAGCGAGACGGUCUUCCGCAUCGGCUUCGAGGAGCUGGGCCACCUGCCCUUCCAGCGCCUGUCCGACAUGCUGCGGGUGCUGCCCGACCUGCUCCGGCUGGGCGGCCACCGCUCGGUCUACCGCAGCGUCGCCCGGCACAUCCGUGACCCGCGCCUGCGCGUGGUCUUCAGCUUCCACCCGCUGCUGAUCGGCGGCAACCCCUUCGCCGUCACCUCGGUCUACACGCUGAUCAACCACCUGGAGCGCAAGUGGGGCGUCCACUUCGCCAUGGGCGGCACCAACGCGCUGGUGCGCGGCCUGGCGGCGCUGAUCGCCGGGCAGGGCAGCCGCAUCCGCUGCAACGCCGAGGUGGCGGAGAUCCUGCACGACGGCCGGCGGGCGACCGGCGUGCGCCUGGCCGACGGCGAGCGGCUGGCCGCCGCGGUGGUGGUCUCCAACGCCGACACCGCCUGGACCUACAAGCACCUGCUGCCCGGCCUCAAGCGGCGGCGCUGGGGCGACCGGCGGCUGGCGCGGGCGCGCUAUUCCAACGGCCUGUUCGUCUGGUACUUCGGCACCGACCGACGCUACGAGGCGGUGCCGCACCACAGCAUCCUGCUGGGCCCGCGCUACCGCGGGCUGAUCGACGACAUCUUCCGCGCCAAGCGGCUGGCCGACGACUUCAGCCUCUACCUGCACCGACCGACGGCGACCGACCCAGGCCUGGCGCCGCCCGGCUGCGACGCCUUCUACCUGCUCUCGCCGGUGCCCAACCUGGACGGCGCCACCGACUGGGCGGAGGCGGCCGAGCCCUACCGCCAGCGCCUGCAGGCGCACCUGGAGGCGACGCUCCUGCCCGGUCUGGGCGCGGCCCUGGUCAGCCAGCGCGUGCAGACGCCGGCCGACUUCGAGACCCGGCUGCUCAGCUACCGCGGCGCCGGCUUCGGCCUGGAGCCGGUGCUGACCCAGUCGGCUUGGUUCCGUCCCCACAACGCCAGCGAGGAGCUGGAGCGGCUCUACAUCGUCGGCGCCGGCACCCAUCCCGGCGCCGGCCUGCCGGGGGUGCUCUCCUCGGCGCGGAUCCUCGACCAGGUGGCGAUGCUGGCGCGGGCGGCCGACCGCAGCGCCUGCCGCGCGCUGAUCCGCGGCGGCUCGCGCUCCUUCUUCCUCGCCUCGCUGCUGCUGCCGGAGCAGGUGCGCGCGCCGGCCUACGCCCUCUACGCCUUCUGCCGCCUGGCCGACGACGAGGUGGACGGCCAGAGCGGCGGCGGCGCCUCCGGCGCGGCCGGCGGGCUGGCGGCGGUGGAGCGGCUGCGCGAGCGGCUGGAGCGGGUCUAUGCCGGCCGGCCGGGCGCGAUCGCCGCCGACCGCGCCUUCGCCGAGGUGGUCGACCGUCACGCCAUUCCGCGCGCCCUGCCCGAGGCGCUGAUCGAGGGCUUCGCCUGGGACGCCGCCGGGCGCCGCUACGAGAGCCUGAGCGAGGUGCGGGCCUACGGCGUGCGCGUGGCCGGAUCGGUCGGCGCGAUGAUGGCGCUGCUGAUGGGCGCGCGCGCGCCGGAGGCGGUCGGCCGCGCCUGCGACCUGGGC